AUGACGCACGACACUGACAAUAGUACUACGGGUCUCGAUGACGGUUUCGACAAGCAGAUGGAGGAGUUCUUUGACUACAUUCUGGACGCUAAAGCGUUCGAGGACAUGGAGACGUACGUGAACGGAGGACCGGGGCCAGCGAGCACGGGAUUUGAGGAGAGUCCCAGCGACAAGUAG